AUUAUUUAAAUGAUAUUAGCCUGGGUUACUGUCUGGGUAGAGUUUCUCUCUCUCUCUUUUCUUCCGGGUUUGCUGGUUACCUCCUACCUCCCAAAAACCUAGCUAUGAAUAAAUGCCCCUAUGUGUGAAUGUGAGAUGGACUGGGCACUCCAACUUGCCAGUGAGGUCAGCUGCCCUGCAUCCAUUGUUAAUGGGGAUUGGGUCCAGAGCCACCGCGAUCCUGAACAGGAUAAAGCAUUUAAUAAUUAUAAUUAUUAAUGAGUUUUAGUAGUUAUUAGCCCAUCACAUUUGAAUGGGAUUAAUCCAAACCUCAGUAACACUAGAACAAGAUGGUGUGUAAAUACUGUAAGCUUGUGUCAAUGGAAAUUUUCAGGAAUAAUACUGGGAAUAAUCUGCACAUGUGAACGAUAGCUUCAGAGUGCUCAGUGACUGACAUGCAUACAGUAAACAUCCAUUAACAUUUUGAUUAUUUCAUCAACGCACAAUAUUUGCAUUGUUUAUGCAUAAACCGUCUUUGCAAUCGUCAUGUUUCUUGACUAAUAUUUUGGUCGAAAUAUUCUGAGAGUCGAAUUGAAUCGAAUCGUGACGUGAUUAUUGUGAAUCAAAUCGAAUUGUGACCGGAGGGUACUGAUACACAUCUGAUAAUUAGAGCACAUAUGGAUCAUCAUACUCACACAGAAUAUGAUACCAUAAACCAAAUGUUUACAAAGAUCCUAAUGGAGCUUUUUUGACGGCUAUGACUCCUGAUCCGACUCUUUAUCCUUGUUUUCUAGAACCGAUAGUAUUUAGGGGCGGGGCUUGGUGUAAGGAGGCGGGGCUUGUUCGCUAUGCCGCCUUCCACUCUGUUGUGUUUUCUGUUACUCUCAUCGCCAUCUUGUUGCAAGUCAAGCAAUGCUCGUCUGAGGAAUUUUCUUAAGAGCUGUAGCGAUUUCUUUUAUUUAAUCAGAAUCGUUAAAGAAGUGUUAAAGCUUAGUGUACGUGAGCAAACUGGUCAAUCCGCAAACACGCAACUUGUAGUGUGUGUGUGUGUGCGCGCGUGCGUGUGUGUGUGCGUGUGUGUGUGUGUGUGUUUUAAAGACACUAUCUACUCGGUGUACGAAAUGAGUAUUGAUACACUGCUGGAGGCGGCUAGAUAUCUGGAGUGGCAAGCCCAGCAACAACAGAUUACACGUGAGGAAGAUGAGCGACGACAAAAGACCCUCCUGUCCCGUGGAGCAGAACCCAAGCGUCCCGAAGUCGCUGCCAUGUCCAUCCAGCCAGCGCAGGUCAAUCACACGACCUGGGUUGACGAAGCUCGGACAGAGCCUCACAACCACCAGCCACGCCCUCCAGCCCCACCCCCAGUUCCAGUUCCAGCCCCUCCCUUACAUCCACCCAUGCCCAUCGCCGUCAUCCCAAUCCCUGUGGUUUCCGCUAACCCUGCAGCAUCAGCGCUCCAUACGGCGUCCCCCAUACCAGUGGUAACUCCUCUGGCUACAGCACUGUCCCCUUCAGGCGCUCCUUUACUCGGCCCUAUAGUGAAGGACACACACACCCCCUCACAGCAGCAGCAUCUCCAGCAGCUUCAGCAUCGCCCCCUGGUCACCCACGUGAAGGCAGAAGGCAGCAACUUGCCUCAGUCGGGAACCAGUCCCAAGCAGCAACCUCAGGCCCUGCUGCAGCCGUACCCGGCGCCUGUCAUCACCCCCCAGCAUGCCCUGCUCGCCCAGCCCACUCUCACACAGCCUCAGAGUCACGCGUCACAACCGGCCCGGCCCAACGGCGCAGCCUUGGAGGACACCCGUGGUCUGGAGGGCAAGAGGCGACCCGGAGGAGCAGGAACCAGGGAGGUGCACAAUAAGCUAGAAAAGAAUAGACGUGCGCAUCUGAAGGAAUGCUUUGAAACCCUCAAGAGAAACGUCCCCAACGUGGACGAGAAGAAGACGUCCAAUCUGAGCGUGCUACGAAGCGCCCUGCGCUACAUCCAGAAUCUAAAGCGUAAGGAGAAGGAAUAUGAGCACGAGAUGGAGAAGCUGGCGAGGGAGAAGAUCGCCACACAGCAGAGACUGGCCGAGUUGAAGAACGACUUGAGCCAGUGCAUGGACGUCGUGGAGAUCGAGCGCCUCCUCCGGCAGACGGUCCAGCCUGAAGACGACCAGGCAUCCACAUCGACGGCAUCAGAAGGCGAAGACUUUGAACAGGAUGCAGAAGACGGAGCCCCGCCCUCAUCCCGCUCCUCGGUCCUGGGAUGUCAUCCGGUGCCGUCUGAGCCACGCGGCCCCAUUCUCCCUCCUCCACCGUCCAUCCUUCCGUCCCACAUUGCCUUCCAGCACAAACAGUCCACCCCCCCACAGCCCCAGAACACAGCCAUUGCUCCUCAACCCAGUGUCAUCGCACAUGCCUCUGUGUCUCAUGCCUCUGUCAUCCAGGCGGUUAACCAUGUGCUACCGGCUGCUUCCAAACCCAUCGGCCACAUAACCGUGCACCCGGUGACCCUUUACCAGCAGCCAGUGGCCGUCUCGCAGUCGCCCGUUCUGGGCCACAUUACACAGACACUGGCCCAGCAGCCCCAGAGCCACAGCCAUGUGAACGGUGCAGCAGUGGGGCAGCAGGGCACCAUGGUGGGAAAACCCACGGCUGUAGUCGCCCACCAUCAUGCGGGUCUCGUGGGGCAGGCGGUGCUUAACCCAGUGACAAUGGUGACCGUACCGCCUUUUCCUGUCAGCACACUUAAGCUAGCAUGAGACAUGCAGGAUUUUGUAUGUGUGUGUGUUUGUGUGAUUUGUGGCAUGUGAAGAACAUCUGAAUGGUCAGAAGAGCACAGGACUUUAUGAAUUUAGCAUCGUGAGCGUGCCUCGCUUAACGGCAUGCCUAAUCACGGAAGGGUCUCUUUUCACAUAGGCUGAACGACAAACACGUGACGCACUUGCAAAGCUUCAAAUCAUGAAACGAUUCACAGCGAGCGAGCGAGUCACAGGAGGUGCUAAAAACAAACUAUCCAUUUCACUCCCUCUCCACCCUUCAGUCCUGCUCAUCCUCCUCCUCCACCUCCUCUGAUUAGCUAAUCGUACUUAAAUGUCUCAGGCAUCACUUUCUCAUUCAGUCAUUAAAAACAGACACAGAAAUCAGAUGAUCAACGAGAAUGCAUGAUUUGUUGCAUUAUUGUCAGAAAAUAUGAUUGAUUAUUGGGCUGGCAAUUCGAUAAUCCGUAAAUCUAGAAGUGCCUAACCUGUGGUCUAAGUCUAAUGGCGCCCUCUGCUGCUUACACAUGGUCCUGCUGUGCUUUUUCCAGAGAGACUGCUCGACUUGUCAUCCUGUCCUUUUUGCAAUGUCAGGCGCAGGCAGCGAUAGUGGGCGUGAUUGCUGUCCUUCACACACGGACUGUGAAAGAAAACGAAACGGAGCACUCGGCAACCAGGAGAGCACUGAAACAUUUGAAACAGAAUCGAGCAGUUAGCCUAGAAACGCAUUUCUUCCAUUACAGUUGUGUUGCCGAUAUUUCUUCACAAUGCGAUUAUACCACUAAAUUUCCAAAGUCUUCUACUGGACACGUGACUCACUUCCACAAAGAAGCAGUCUAACGUCAAUCCUCUGGUUAUAUACCUGUUGUAUGAAUGUCAGUAUACUGUAUGUUAGAGUUUGUCCUUUUUUGUAUUUCUUUUUCCUUUUAGAAAAGCCGCUUGAUCAUCACCUGGUGGGUUUUUUCUGUGUGCUAACUUUGAGGAGGUGGUAUUCACUGUAUGAACAUUUCCUCAAUUUUUUUUUUUUUUUUUUUUUUUUUUACAUUUUAUUCUUUUAUUUUAUGGGCCACUUCAGUUUCUGUACAUCGAUGAAACCUAAUACAUGAUGCUCUUUUCCCAACAUCCAACAUCUCUGUACCAUGUAACACUCACGUGACAUAUUCCUUGUGUUGCUUUCUUAUGGUACUUUCCUUUUUUUUCUUCUUCUAAGAUCUAUAUUAUUUACAGUCAUACUACAAACCACUUUUUAUUUUACUACAAAAUGAAAAACUCUGCUAAGCGGAUUCGAUGCUCUGACGUACUGUGUCUCAUUGCUACGUACUAUCAAAUUUAACCAGAACACUGUGAUACCCUGCUCUUAAUUUACAGUCCCCGCCUCCUUCACAAGAAAAGAACAAGUCUGGGGCUAGAUGAGAAAAUCUUGGGAUUAUAUCCACUUUAGAUGUGAAUUUUUCUUUUCCUGAAUCUGAUGACCGAUUGAUGAGUGAACGAUACAUGCUGUGCUUUAUAUUCGGUAAAAAAAAACAAAAAAAAAACAUCACUUACCCUUUUGUAACAAAAAAAUUAGUAGUAUUUUCAUUUUUUUAUGUCUAUGUAUGUGUAUAUAUAAAUGUGAUGGAUAUGCACGCAUUCACAUAUACGUGUAUGUAUUUGCGGAUUACACUGUUGCCUGAUUUUGCAUGUAGAUUGCAAAUUUUUUUUUGUUUUGUUUCGCAUUGAUCCCCUCAUUAUUAUUAUUAUUAUUAUUAUUAUUAUAAUUAUUAUUAUUUUAGUUUUGUUUUGUUUUUUUCGGGACCAUGUCUAAUACUGUAUGAUGUGGUGGGGACCAUUAGACCUCAUUCUAACAUUGAUAUUAUAUAUACAUAUAUAAAAAUCUGCAUUUUUCCCUAUGGAGAAAGUUUAAGUUAUAUAUCGCCUGUACAUUUUGGGCUGCAUUAAAAUCUAAUUGUCCACCAUGAAAUAAAACAGUAAUAAUGUUGAUAUAUGCUAGAGUAAUUAAAAAAAAUGACUAUUCAUAAUAAAUCUUACAU